AUGUACGGAAUGCUACUGGAAAGCGUGCAACAUUUUGUACAGCUGGAGUAUGGGGAAUUUGUUUGGCGUCAGGCAUUGCUCACUACGGGAUGUAAAAACACCGUGUUUAACACACAUCAGCUCUACCCCGAUAACCUGAUACCGGACCUUGCUGCAGCCCUCUCGGCCAUUACCGGGAAACCGAUCGACGAGUUUAUGAUAUUUUUCGGGCGGUGUUUUGUCAGAUUUUUCAGUAACUUUGGCUACGAUGAGCUGAUCAAGGCAACGGGACGGUAUUUCUGUGAUUUUCUACAUUCGGUCGACAACAUCCACUUGCAGAUGCGGUUCACAUACCGGAAAAUGAAAAGUCCUUCUAUGCAGUUGACUGAGGUAGAUGAGAAUGGAGCUGUACUUGUAUACAGAAGCACCCGCACAGGAUUUUCCAAGUACCUUCGUGGGCAGCUGUUGGAGAUUGCUAAGCAGCUCUAUGGGAUGGAUGUAAGCAUCAAGGUGUUGGAAAGCCAGAACGAUACACCUGGUGGAACAUCGGGACCAAUUUCAAUACAAGGUGGUCUGAAGACGGUUAUAGUGAAGUACCGCUUGGACUUUGAUAAUCGUGAAUACAUGCAACGCCGCGUUCACAUCAAAGCGCAUCCAUCACAGCUGCAACUGACGCCGGUAAAUAGCAAGUUGUUGCUGAAUCUGUUUCCCUUCGCUCUGAUACUUAACGAGGAAAUGAAAAUAACUGCCGUGGGGGAGAAAAUGAUCGAAUCGUGGAUGCUGAACAAUGGGAAUCGAUCGCCCACGGAAUUGAUUGGGGCGAAAGUAACAGAGCACUUCAAACUUCGUCGACCGAGCGGUAUUACGUUUACCUGGGAAAAUAUAAAACGGCUGCAGACCGUUCUGUUUGAGAUACAAUUGCUCAAGGGAUCAUCAGCAAAAGGAUCGAAAGAUGCGGAUAAACAAACGCAAUCGGCAGUACCUCAAGUGGAUACGAGCUCCUCCACGGAAGAUACGGCAAAAAUUAUGACCUCCAUUCCUCGUCGGGGAUCUCAAGGGUUGCGAAGUAUUUUGUUGAAGGGCGAAAUGCGCUAUAUAAAAGACAUCAACUCGCUCGUGUUUCUAUGCAGUCCUCUAAUUAACAACUUGGAGGAGUUGCGUGAAAUGGGUCUUUACUUGAAUGAUCUCAAUCCCCAUGGGCUAAGUCGCGAGAUGGUGUUUUCCGGGUUUUCGCACUAUUCUAGACUCGAUCUGAUGUGCGAACGUGAGGAGCAGCGUGCGGAGGAAUUGGAAACAUCGCUUGCCCUCGCCGACUCCUGGAAACGGCAAGGCGAUGAGCUGUUGUACUCCAUGAUUCCUCGCUCAAUUGCGGAGCGGUUGCGCGAGGGUCAGAAUCCUCACGAGACGUGUCAGAGCUUCGAAGAGGUGACGGUACUAUUCGCUGAGGUACAGGAAACGAUCACCGGUGAUGAUUCGAUCAAGUACGCCAUGACCACGGUAAACACACUAAAUGCCGCUUUCAGCGCGUUCGAUGAAUUAAUCCAUUCCCCGAUGGCCUAUAAAGUGGAAACCGUUGGGAAGGUCUACAUGGCCGUUAGUGGAGCACCUGACAUAAACCCAUUUCACGCGCAGCACAUGGCAGAUCUGGCGUUGGAUAUGUUGCAAAGCAUACGGCAACUAAAUUUACCUGGCGUAGGUGUCAAAAUUGGGUUUCAUUCAGGACCGAUAGUAGCUGGCAUCGUGGGAUUAAAGGUACCGAGAUAUUGUCUGUUCGGCGAUACAGUGAAUACGGCUUCACGCAUGGAGAGCAGUGGCGAGACUGAUUGCAUCCAGGUGUCAGGAUACACUGCUCAAAAGCUUAAAAAGCUAGGAUAUGCACUGUCGUACCGUGGCAAGGUAGCCGUUAAGGGAAAAGGAGACAUGGAAACCUUUUGGCUACAGGGACCAGCGCCUAGAACGAAAUAG